AUGGCACAAAAGAAAGCGGAAUUGACUGAUUUGUUCUACUCUGGAGGGUCAGAACACUCCGACAGUAGUACCCAGAGUGAUUUAGAGGAUAGUGAUUAUGAAAAUUCAUAUGAGGAUGGCUCUGAUAUCGAAUUUAGUAUAUCUGAAGACGAAGGGGAAGCAAAUAUAUUGAACCUGUAG